GUUCACGCGAGCGGUGCCGGGGCGCACAAACGCCUUUGCAGACAUCGUCAUCUCUAGCGGAAAAUGAAUCGUUUAAUAGUUCUUCUCUGUGUAUGUUUGUGGCAUUUAGACAGUGUGUUUGGUGCGGUUCAAAUAAACACAGUCCUGUCAGUGACGGAGGGAGAUUCUGUCACUCUACACACAAAUAUUACUGAACUGACAGAUGAAGGAAUCGAGUGGACUUUUGGUGUUCAUAGUCAAACUGAAAUUAUAGCAACAAUCCACAAAAACAAAAUAUCAUCUAUCAGUGAGAGAUUGAAGAAUCAUGUAGAGAUAGAUGAUCAGACUGGAUCUCUCAUCAUCACAAACAUCAAAACUCAACACACUGGACUUUAUAAAGUAGCCUUCAAUAGAAAUGCAAAGCUAGUUAGCUUCAUUUUCAAAGUCAUCGUUUAUGCUCGUCUUCCUAUUCCUGUCAUCACCAGAGACUGUUCUUCAUCAUCUUCAUCAUCAAAUUGUUCAGUGUUGUGUUCGGUGGUCAAGGUGUCACAUGAUGUGAGUGUCUCCUGGUACAAAGGAAAGAGUUUAUUGUCCAGCAUCAGUGUGUCUGAUCUCAACAUCAGACUCUCUCUACCUCUGGAGGUGGAAUAUCAGGAUACAAACACAUACAGAUGUGUGGUCAACAAUCCCAUCACAAACCUCACACAACAUCUACACAUAACUCAACUCUGUCACACGUCUGCAGGUUCAGGGCCGAUGCGAAUCAGAGAUAUAGCAGUGAUCUCUUGUGCUGUUGUUGGAUCUCUGAUGAUUGUUAUUUCUGUUCUGAUCUUCUGGAUCCGCAGGAAACACAAAAAAACAAAUCAAAAAGUUCAGACCGAUGAGGAGGAGAUUACCUACGUGGAGACAACAUUCAAUAAAAGACACACAAAUAACCCGAGAUCUGCAAUGGAGGAAGAUGUGGUGUAUGCUGGAGUCAUGAGAAGAUGAUCAAACUUUCGGACUUGACACAUGUUGCAAUGAUCUUGUAAAUAUGCUUAAUGUGUUUUUAUCUCACUCAUUUACUCACGCACACAUAAUUGUUUUGUUCCCCUUACAAAAGGUGUGCUGUAGGUACAGUACACAUUAGGGAUGAAACGAUAUCAAAAUACUUCGAUUUAAUGCCUGCUGUACAAUAUUUAUUGCAAUAUUUAAAAAGACAAAUGAAGGCUUUGAAUAAAGUGCUAUACGUGUUUAACACAACAACUAUUGAACAUUGCUGUGAGGAACAAAUGGAACCAUAUCAUAUCCUGUCCUCUGUUCUUUGUCAUCUAAUCUUAACUUUUCCUUUGAGGUUUGAGUUAUAGCACUGUAUGAGAUAAGUCAAAUGACUUAAAACUCCCUCUUAUAAAAUAAAAAACGGCACCAGCUGGACUUUGAAAGAUUUAAAAUCUAUUAUUUUGUUUAACAAAAUCACAAAUUUUGAAAUCACAAAUCCUGUCCUUGUCCUCAGCCAAAUGGGGCAUAUGCACACGGAGCGAUGACGUUGUUCCGCUAAAAUCUCUGCCAGGUCUGUUUCAUCCGGCGCCGUAAGGAACAAAGGGCGUUUCACUUCAGGAUCCACAUAGGAAUACGAUCAACAACGCAAGUCUAUCAUUCAAACACUUCUUAGUACGUCGACAACCAAGGUGAAAAACUUCAGGUGAUUCACUUCAAGGUACAUCAACAAAUGUGAAAGAAGCCAAGUGAACUUUUGCACUUGCUAGAGAUCACAGAGGCACUUUACCUACUUACCUGUAGUGCCGACGGUUCACCGAAAUUUAAACGUUUUCUUACUAAACACAUAGUUAUCAUUUGGUGAAAAAUCCCCCUCAGUGCUUUGAGAGCAGAAGUGACGUCAUUGACCCGUGUGCAUAUACCCCAUUGGACCUACAGCUUUCAGUUUUGUAAUGCUAAUAAUUGUUAUUUAGAAAAAACCUCACAUCAAUAGCAAGUUUAAGUUGUUAUCUUUCACAUCGAUUGAUUAAAAACAUGAAAUUAUACAUAAAUUCUACAAGUAAAUACUGUUUUACCACUGUCCCCAUAUUUUUGGUCAGUCCUGUCACGUUUACAUAAAACUCAAAAUAAAAUGUGU